AUGAAAAACACAGAGAAGAAUAAUAAGAGUGUCACAAGCUUCAGUGUUCCCAUUGGAGAAAAAAUGGGAGUGAGUAGAAUGGUUAUCUUGACGAAUCAAAUUACAACGCAUCUAAGCAGAGCCCUAGCUUCUCAGGCAGACCUGGUGUCUCCAGCUGAUGAUUUGUCCCUGUCUGAAGGCACUUCUGGCUCCAGCUGUGUGACAGCUGCCCUGGGAACCACCUGGAGUCACAGUGUGAACACCCGGCUGAUUCUGCAGUGCCUUGGUUCAGAGAGAAGACAGAUUCUCAUCGCCAAGUCCCCUCUGGCUCCCUUCACCUCAUUUGCCUACACCAUCAAGAAGGAAGGCCUGGUUCUUCAAGGCCAACAGAAGCCAUAGGGACACUAUGACCAUUGUCUAGAGCUGCUGGGGGCACGAUUUGUGAAAUGAAACAGGAUGGUGCUGCUUGGAAGAAGGAAACGGAAGCCAACAUAAUGGGGAUUAAUUAGUUGAUUGAUGUUGAGAUGGUAACAGAUUUGCCCCCACACCAUUGAGCCAGCCAUCUCAGACCUAGCAGGGAAGGUGAGGAUGAAGAAGCCUUUGUUCAGGUCUGUAGAUGCGUGGGGCUGCAGGCUUUGCCGCCAUGGGAUGUCAACAGCCAUAAUAAUAAUAAUUUGCACUUAUAUAGCACCUUUCAACCAGGCACCUCAAAGCAGUUUAGCCACGUUAAUUAAUUAAAGCCCACAAUCCCCCUGGGGAGAGGAGGAGGAUGACUAACAGGAUUUGUAAUUACAGGAGGGAACAUUUCCGAAUAAAGUAUUGUCCACCAUAUAAAAAGAGUGGGUGUAAAGGAAUUGGGGUCUCCACAGAGUAACUGAUUUCAGAAAUUAAAUCAUGGAAAGAUGGGGAGGCUGGGGGCGGGCAUGGGUGUGGGGGUCUGCUCCUGUGUCAGAGGGAGGUCGAUGGGCUCAGAAUUCACUGGCAGGUUCGGAUCCAGCUGAGAAGCGGAACAUGUAUGGUAUUAGUGGCAUUUGGAAGGUCCUUAGUAGCACGGCUAUUGUGGUGUAAAUUCAAGUUUCACUAGUAUAUUGUGUAUAGCCCUGCAGAACAAAGAGUGAGAUUCAUGCAGUAUUUAAUAAAGGAUGAAAUGAUUUCUUUAGAUUUAAAGCCCAAAGCUGGGCCAAUUAGCAAAUAAACCAAUUGGUGACCCAUAGGGUAAUUUAGUUGUUUCCAGCAGAACACCCAGCCUACACCCUCCUACUGCCAUGAAGUUUCCAACCAAAGCCUUAAGACUGGGUUCAGAGCAAGGCCUGGGGGCUUCAGCUCCUUCAAAGACAGGCAUCAAAUCUUCCCGGCCUUUGGCAUGGGGACCUGCUCCCCGUCCAGAGGUUUUUAAAUGCUUUGGAGGCUACAGUCAGGUCUUAUCCUAUCUCAUGUUUCCUGUGCCCGGCAGUGCCCAGCAGAACGCUGCGCACAAAGUAGGUACGGAUCAGUGAAGAGUGAGUGAAUGCCUAAGUCUUUGAACAACUCAGUAUUUGUUGAGCACAUACCAAAUGCUGUGGUGCAGCUCACAAAAACAGGAUAUAUGCGUCCCAUCCUCGAGAACUGUACUGUGAGGAAUGGAAAAGACUCAUAUACUACUAACUAUAAUAUAAAACAGAAUAAAAUAAAAUGAUAUGAUAGAUGUGCAUCCAAGCCACAUGCUGCAAGGACAAAGCAGGAACAUUUUAUCCAGCUGGAGUGAAUCAGGGAAGGUAUUCCUGGAGAGCAAACAACAUGCUGGGCAUUGGAAGGCAGGAAGGGUUUUGGUAGACCUGGAAGAGGUCGGGGAGGCAGACUUUCCAGACUGUGGUCAUUUGUCUCCCUCAGAGUGAGAUGCAUUUUGGGAACUUGUGGUCUCCAAUAGAACAUUUGUGAAAACCAAGCUGAGUUUUUGUGGCUGAAUAAAUGUAUAUUUCCUAUGA